UUUCAACAUGUUCAAACGCAAGAAAUCCGCGCCUGUGGCCGGGGUGGCAGUCGAUCCAGUGGCGGCGGCGUUGGGUGACCCCAAGGCCGUCGCCACCAAAUUCCCACAGUGUGCGUGGUUUUUUUCCGCCUCGUGGGCGUGUACUGACAUGUCGACAUUUCCAGACACUGUCAAGGAUAUCAAGGCCAUGCAAGCGCAAUUCGCCACGUGGAUAGACCAAGCCAACGGCAGCAACAAAAGCAACGUGACGACGACUGAAGCGCCGUCCGAUGUCGUGGUGAAGCAGCCAGAGGUGGUGUUGUGUGGUUUGUUUGCGCUGGCUAUUUACGCCAGGUCGGGAAACACGGUUCCAUUUCACGAGUAUGUCGAAGUGCUCACAUUGUUUCAUCCUAAGACAUCCUUCCUCGACAAGCAAAAAGCCAUGUUUCAGCUGUAUGAUGUCGACCGCGACGGAGUCGUGUCCCCCGACGAUGCCCACCACGUCUUGACUCGGUACUUGGAUUUCAACGUGGACGUCGUCGAGACUAUUGCGACCUCCAUGCGACCGUUCAUGAAAACGUCGGCAGUUGGUUUGACCCCCGUGGAAUUCAAUCAAGUACACGACCAGUUGACAUCACGGAUGGGGCUGGGCGCUAAUAAGCAAGCAAUCGGUAGAUGGUGACAGACAGCGAAGUGCUCUCAGCCAUGACUAUUCUGUGACUGUUUUACAGUUAUUCGCCGAACCACAACAUUGGCGUGGUGAGUUGAGCGAGAUUCGUCAGACUUCCAUAUAAAGAGAUGAAAAAUACACUGGCGCAUGAGCUUUUUCAAAUGGAC